AUGACAAGUAUAGGCAAGCUGCGUAUUGCUGUUAGCUGUUCAAGUAACAUGAAUAGAAGUAUGGAAGCCCACAGUUUCUUGCAAAAAAGAGGUUUUAAUGUGGAAUCCUUCGGAUCCGGAAGUCAAGUUAAAUUACCUGGUCCUACUCCCGAUCGUCCAAAUUGCUAUGAUUUUGGAGUGGCAACUUAUGAAUAUAUAUAUAACGAUUUAAAGCAGAAGGAUUCACAGUUAUAUACGCAAAAUGGAUUGCUAAAUAUGCUUGAUCGUAAUCGUAGAAUAAAAGAUAUGCCGCAGAAAUUUCAGCAUUUUGAAGGAAAAUUUGAUGUAAUAAUAUGUUUAGAAGAAAGGGUCUAUGAUCAGGUUAGGUUCAGUUUCUUGAAUGAGGGAGGGAAUGUUCAUGUGAUAAACAUUGACAUUCAAGAUAAUCACGAAGAGGCAACAAUAGGAGCCUUGUUUGUGUGCGAUUUGUGCACAAAGUUGGAAGCUUGUGACGAUUUGGAUAAUGAUAUUGAUGAAGUGCUGACGGAAUUUGAGCAAAAUAAUAGUAAACGAAAUAUUCUGCACACCAUUUGUUUUUAUUGA